GUUAAAGUGUACGCGCAGUGAGCAGUUUAAAGGUGCACGCGAACACCUUUAUUGAACAGUGUUGCGUCAUGGGUAAUGCAGUCCCCGAGCGCUUAGGCGCAAACUGUGACCACGUGACUCUGUUUUCGUGCAUGUGUGUUGGCCUGAGUUAUGCGGAACUCGUUGACGGCGUGUGUCACUGUUGUGGCUUCUUCCUCCCGUUUACUGAAACUUCUCACACACUCACAGCUCGUUCUUGUAAAGCUGACAGCAGCCGUGAGUAUGUGUGUGAGUGUGUGUGUGUGUGUGUGAGAGAGAGAGAGACAGAGAGAGAGAGAGAGAGGCGGCAGCGGAGGUGCAACCAGUUUUUGAAACAAAAUGGAUUUAACUAUGCGGGGAAAUAGACGUAUACGUGUGUUUUAACUGUCGUCAACGUCACUGAGACGUAACGACUUGUAGUUUUUGCUUUGCUAUUUUUUUUAAAAAAAACAACGUUUUUUUAAAGCCUUCCCGUUCAUCAAGUGCCUGACACUUUUCACCACAGGCUUCAGUUUAAAAUGAAAUUUAACGGUUACCUAAAGCUUCGUAUCGGUGAGGCGGUGGAGCUGAAGCCCACCACCUUCUCCCUCCGCCACAGUGUCAUCUUCAACAAAGCUCAUCCAACUCUGGACCCUUACAUCGUGGUGAAGGUGGACGACUACAAGAUAGGACAGACUCACACCAAGCAGAAGACCAACACGCCGACCUACAACGAGGAGUUCUGUUUGAAUGUCAACAACGGGACGCAUAUAGAACUGACCGUCUUCCACGACACCCCCAUUGGCUACGACGACUUCGUGGCCAACUGCACCAUCCAGUUCCAGGACCUCAUCAAGACCUCCAACUCUGGAGAGGUCUUCGAAGGAUGGAUGGACUUAGAGCCUGAAGGCAAGGUCUACGUCCUGAUUACACUGUCUGGAUCCUUCACUGAUGAUGAUGCCGUGGUCAAGGAGAAGAACCACAAGCAGUUCACCAGGCAACGGCAGGGAGCAGUGCGGCGGAGGAUCCACCAGGUCAACGGACACAAAUUCAUGUCCACGUACCUUCGCCAGCCAACCUUCUGUUUCCACUGCAAAGAGUUUAUCUGGGGUGUUUUUGGAAAACAAGGUUACCAGUGUCAGGUUUGCACGUGUGUCGUUCACAAACGAUGCCACCAGCAGGUGGUGACAGUUUGUCCACGGAUGAAGAAGUCGGUAAAAGAGCAGCCUGAAACACAAGGCUUCAGCAUCAACCUCCCACACAAGUUCAACAUCCACAACUACAAGUCGCCCACAUUCUGUGACCACUGUGGUUCCCUGCUGUGGGGCCUAGUCAGACAGGGGCUGCACUGCAAAAUCUGUAAAAUGAAUGUCCACAUCCGCUGCAAAGGCAAUGUUGCACCAAGCUGUGGUGUGAACAGCGUGGAACUGGCCAACACACUGGCAGAGAUGGGUCUCCAGGCUGGAGGACUCGCAAAACGCAAUACAUUGACCAAAAGUCAGGUGAGGAGGUCUUCUGAGAGGACGGCCAACAUAGAACCUCAGCAGCAGCAGACCCCUCGACUGGGCAUCUCAGACUUCACCUUCCUUCAAGUGCUGGGCAAGGGCAGCUUUGGCAAGGUGAUGCUGGCCAGACUGGACGUCAAAGACCUUGUCUUUGCCGUCAAGGUGUUGAAGAAGGACAUCAUUCUGCAGGACGAUGAUGUGGAGUGUACCAUGACAGAGAAGAGAGUGCUGACGCUGGCUCGCUGUCACCCCUACCUCACACAGUUGUACUGCUGUUUCCAGACCAUAGACCGUCUCUUCUUUGUGAUGGAAUUUGUGAAUGGUGGCGAUCUGAUGUUCCACAUCCAGAAGUCCAGGAAGUUUGAGGAGCCCAGAGCACGUUUCUACACGGCCGAGAUCACAUCUGCCCUCAUGUUCCUGCACAGUAAAGGCAUCAUCUACAGGGAUCUGAAACUGGACAACGUUCUUCUGGACAAGGAUGGACACUGUAAACUGGCAGAUUUCGGCAUGUGCAAAGAAGGCAUUUUUGAAGGUGUGGCCACAGGAACGUUUUGUGGAACCCCCGAUUACAUCGCCCCAGAGAUCCUGCAGGAGAUGCUGUACGGCCCCUCGGUGGACUGGUGGGCUCUGGGGGUGCUCCUGUACGAGAUGUUGUCAGGACACGCCCCCUUCGAGGCUGAAAAUGAAGAUGACCUCUUUGAGUCCAUCCUCAACGAAGAGAUUAUUUAUGCACCGUGGCUCGGCGCAGAAGCAGUGAAUAUACUCAAAGCACUCCUGACCAAGAACCCAGCCCACCGGCUGGGCUGCGUGGCCGCAGAGGGCGGAGAGAGCGCCGUGACCAAUCACCAUUUCUUUGCUGAAAUCGACUGGGAGAAACUGGAACGAAGACAAAUAGAGCCACCUUUCAAGCCCAGGAUUAAAACGCCUCAGGAUGUGAAUAACUUUGACCCAGAUUUUACUCAGGAAGAGCCCACCCUCACGCCCAUCGAUGACCCCCUAAUCCCUCAGGUCAACCAGGACGAAUUUGCAAACUUCUCCUUCAUUUGUCCUGAACUUCUGGAAAGCUAAGAGACGCCGUGAAGCUGCACCAGCCCCAGCGUGCCCAUCUCUAUUUUCAGGACCUUAUUAUUAAGCCAAAGACAGUUACUGUGCCCAAAGAUGUGCAGUGGGAUGCUGACACAUCCUCCAGAGACAGAAAGGUGUAGAACUCCAAGCUGUCAGCAAAACACAAGCUCAUUAAAGCUCUGGUGCUGCGCGGUAACACAGUUUCAGCACUCCUGUGACUCCUGAAAAGCAAAACAGCAGGUUUGAAAUUGACUGUUACAGCUUGACUAGCGCUCAAUCAUCCAGGUUUAUUUUUUGUAUUUUUUAUAUUUCUCAUGUUGCUGCGUUUGUAAAGGCAUUUUAAUGCAUUGCACUGUCUGAAUUUUUAUUCUGCAUUUGCUGUCAUUCACACCGAUGCAUUGGAUUCCAACUACUUUAAUAGAAAAAAAAAAAAGUUUGGAGCCCUAUGAUUUAGUUUGUGUUCUCAUUUUUCUCUAACUAGAAAGAUUUUUUCAAGUAAGUGAUGCUGCCAGGCGAAGGCCCUGGAAGGACUGAGUGAGCAGAUGAAUCAGUCAUGUGAUCCCUUUCUGGGAAAAUACAAGCACAGAGUGGCUAGGCAUGACAGAUAUCCUGUAGCCUUUUGAGCAAAA